AUGCCAGACGAAUACCCAGAUCAUUCCAAAGAACCUCAAGCACUCCCGGGUUCAGUUAGACUCGCCCGCGUGUUGGGCAUCGAUAUUCGGCUGCACAUAACGGUAGUGGUGAUCUUCGCGUUGAUCGUCACCAGCCUGGCUGCGAACAUUUUUCCCCAAUGGCAUCCUGAGUGGAGUACCACACAAAACUGGACUGCAGGCUUCACCGCCGCAAUUUUAUUCUUCGUGUCGUUACUCAUCCAUGAAAUGGCCCAUUCCGUAGUGGCGCGCCGCUGCGGCAUCAAAAUCACAGCGAUCACGCUGUUUAUCUUUGGUGGGGUGGCGGAAAUGAAAGGCGAACCCAACUCACCUAAAGACGAAUUUUUGAUAGCCGGUGCCGGACCACUGGCCAGUUUUUUCCUGGCCUUUGCAUUUGGCAUCCUCUUCAGUUUAUUUGUAGCGGAUCCUCAGGCACUGCUUAGUGAGAAUGACAGCAUGGACCUAGCCAACGUAUCUGCUACGGCGACUGUCUUCAUGUGGCUGUCCUCAAUCAAUUUCAUGCUGGCAGUGUUCAACCUGCUGCCAGGUUUUCCCAUGGAUGGCGGCCGCCUGUUUCGCGCCGCGCUCUGGUGGCGUACCGGCGAUCUUAUGCAGGCCACUCAACUGGCAGCGCGGGUGGGAAGUGGUUUUGGCUGGGUGUUCAUAGGUCUGGGUGCUAUGCAGGUGUUCAGCGGGAAUACCAUCAAUGGUUUCUGGCUGGUACUUAUCGGCUGGUUCAUUCGCAGAUUAGCCCUGUCCAGUGUCGCCAGCCUCAUCCUCGACCAGGCUCUGCGCGGUUUUGACGUCCGCGCUAUUAUGCGUACCCGUUUCGAUAAGGUGCCUGCUGAGACGCCUGUACGCGGCUUCAUCGAAGACUAUUUUCUGCGCAGCAAUCAGCAGGUAUGGCCGGUUUCCCGAAACGAGGUCGACGAGGGUUACGUGAUGGCGCAGAGUUUCAACCUGGAAAAUACAGCGUUGGAAGAUGCCACUGGCACCGUCGAUCAACACAUGCAGCCGCUUGAUCAGGCGCACUCUAUCAAUCCGGAUAUCAGCGCCAAAGACGCUUUCGAACGACUCGCCAGGCACCCUUACCCGCUGCCUGUGGUCGAAAACGGACGUGUCAUAGGUAUCAUCCACCAUGCUGAUAUAUUGCGUUGGUUCUCUUUUCACAAAAUCGCAAGUUAA